GUAACGAGGAAUUGGGUACUUUCUGUAGAUGAGUAAUCAUCUCUACUGGCAGCAUCAGCCUCGUCGUCAACUUGUGGCCCCGGAGUCAAAGUGAAACCCGGCGAAAUUUGGUCUGCCCGCCCGAGUGAGACCUCUGAACCUCCGGUAUUCCUCUGGAAUUCUGGCACUCUAGCAUUGCACUCUUCAGUACAGUGCUAUAGAAACUGCUGUGUUGUUCCAGCCUAACCUGAGUUGAUCGGAGGUCCCCUGGGGCUUGUCUAGCUUACUUUUCGCCAUGGACCCGGCUUUGAUCUUGCUCACCGUUAUUGUGGGACUCAUUCUAGUGGGGGGAUUCGUUCUAGCCCAAAAGAUCGGCUCAGGCUCCAAGACCGCGGAGGGAGUCGCCGAUCAUAAAUCGGACCCGUCUGCUAACAAGACGAACAGGACGCAUCCCGGCCAGGAGGCCAAUUGCAUUGGCCAGCAGAACACCCAUGUUGGCGGGGGGAAGAAGAAGGCUAUGCUCAAUUCAAAGCGAUCCGGACCCGCCAAGGACACAUUCCAACAUCCUUGGCUGGUGAGCACGCUCAAAGGACAUAGUGGACGCGUGUUGGACUUGGAUCUGAGCGAGAACGGCAAGUGGCUCGCCAGUUGCGAUAGCGAUCGAAGCGUGAUCCUGUGGACCGUAAAGGAGUUCCGGGACAAGGAGCACAAGACUAUUCGUUGCAACGUCAACUACGACCAUGCCACCAAAGUCAAGUGGAGUCCGGAUAGUAAGGCCUUCAUCGUUCAAAAGGCCACUGAAAACCGGGCUGAAGUGUACAAAUUGGGCAAGAAAGAGGACGGCAGUGUGGGCAACAUCCAACCUUGUGUCACAUUCCCUGCCCAGCACGAAACCGACGUGAUUGGCUUGGGCUUUUCGCCUACGGGCAAGUUUGUGAUGACCUGCUCGGAUAAGACCUCGCUCCUGAUUUGGAGCAUUCAUGGCGACGUUUUGGCCUCACUCGAUACCUACCACAUGACCACCUAUUGCGCCAAAGUCUCGCCCUGUGGGAAGUUUGUGGCCUCCUCCGGCUUCACGCCCGAUGUCAAAGUGUGGGAAGUGAAAUUCAAGCGUACCGGCGAGUUUGAGAAAGUGGCGCGGGCCUUCGAGCUCACCGGUCACACAUCGGGUGUGUUCAGCUUCGAUUUUAGUGCUGACUCGAGCCGCAUGGCUACCGUCUCCAAAGAUGGAACGUGGAAGAUCUUCAAAACCAACGUGGAGUUCGAACGGGGCCAAGACCCCAGUCAAGUGGCGUCCGGUAAGUUUCCUCAAGCGGAUGAGAGAACCCUGAUUGCGCUGUCGGCUAACGGUCAAGUCGUGGCCAUUGCUCGCCAAACGAGUGUCCACUUCUUCUCGGCAGUGACCACAGAAGACAUGGGCCAAAUCCACAAUCUGCACACCAGCCCAAUCACGAGUAUCUUGUUUGAUCGUGAAGAUAGGUGGUUCCUCACGGCGGGCGAUAAGCAUAUCCGAGUAUUCAAGAACAUCCCGGGACUCACGCUCCAAAAAAGAGAACUGGAGAAGAAAGUCGCGUCAGCGAGUACAUCCGGUUUGAAAGAUCGACUGAUGUCACAAAUUCAAGAUAUUGAUAUUCAACUGACGUCUAACGUUGGCAAGAAAUAGACAGAAAGUUUGAUUUUCA